AUGUGUCGUUUAAUUACCGCUAUUAGUUUGGCGGAAAAAGAAUUGCGAACGUUUAAGGAGAAAUGUGCGAGAUGUCUCCGUGGUCCCAACUUACUGAAGACUUUAGUUGUUUUUGGGUGCAUUAUAAUAGUGGUACAACAGAUAACUGAAUGCGUGAACAAACUGAUGAUUAACAUACCGGUGGUUACUUACACGCACUUCGAUUUCAAUAAAUCCAUCCUGUAUCCUAGCAUUACUUUUUGCAGAGAGCCUGCUUACAAGUACGAUAAAUUGCUGAACUAUGGCCUGUAUUCACACCCUCGAUUCACGUCAACUUGGAUGAAUUUCAAUUUUUCUAUCAACCUCGACUACUUGUGGGACGAGAUCACGUACAAUGAAGGAGAGUUCUUCGUCCAGUACGGCCUUGAGGGAUCAGCGGAAAACGUAGAACUAACCUCAACUUUAGGCUUUAUGACGGGGCGCUGCUUCACACUGUCUCCCAAAGUGCAGCUGAGACAGGCGUCCAAAGCUUCGGGGUACUCCGUUACGCUGCAGCACCGAGACCAGGACAUCGCAACUAGCACUAGUGUCUGUCCUCCAGGGUACCAUGUAUACGUGCACUAUACCCGCGAGCCCUUCACCGAAGUAGAAGUAUACAACGGCGGACUAGUGGAUUACCUCUAUAUCAAUGCGGGAGAGACGGUCGACGCCAAGCUGACUGUCGAUGAGUACGUCAAGUUAUCCAAAGCUGAUGACCCUUGCACGUAUUUGAGCAAUUAUAGUGCUAAUAAUUGCACAACACAGUUCGUAUGGAGCCACGUAGAGGACGUUGUUGGAUGUUCUGGACCUUGGAUGAAGAGCAACCUGCCUCGUUGCAGCAACUACACAACCAUGAGAAAUCUUAUCAGAAAUUACAUCAACACAUACAAAAACAACGAAUGCGAGACCUGCCCCAGAUUCUGCAGGUCUUAUUUGUACAACGCCUUUGUAACCGACAGACAGAGUUUCUACGUGUGGGACUCUUCCAAUAAAUUAUGGAGCUUGAAGAGUGGUUACACUCGAUUACAGUCUCAGUUGUAUAUUCACUUCAACAGUAUGAUGGUGUCGGUGUACGAGGAGAGAUAUAACUACGACUGGAACAUUUUCCUGUCGGAUCUCGGCGGGAAUAUUGGUUUCCUCCUCGGUCUUUCCGUCAUCAGUCUCAUGUCGAUCCUUGGCAACGUGUGGUUCGAGAUCAUCAGACCUUUCAUAAUCAGGAAGAAGAUCAAGAAAGAUAUAUUAAGUGUGACCAGCUCGUCUCCUACUGCUGAAGUGGCGGUCAUUUAUAAUAAAGCAAUUGAGAAGUAUGAUGAUUGUAAAUAACUUUUACUGUACAAAAACGA